AGCAAAUCACAGCGUCACAUCGGUGUUUGGAGGUUAUCGUGCUGUGUGGUCCGUUCUGGUUUAUCGUGCACUGUCUUUUCAUCUGCCAAGUCACAGAGGAUAAAGUCGAUAUGACAUAACCGAGGCGCAACUGGUCGUUUCCUCUUGUGCGUGUGUCAUUUUUCAGAGUCCCAAUGUCUGAUGAGUUUGUUCUGGGAUCACACUAAAUGCGAACAUGGUGCAGUCAGUCAAUCACGGUAACGUACCCACGGGAACACAGAAAGCUGGAGUACGUGUUUACAAAAUAGUUGUGCUUGGUGACGGUGGUGUUGGCAAGAGUGCUCUCACGCUCCAGUUCGUGACUCAUAGCUUUCUCGAGUAUCACGACCCAACUAUAGAGGAUGCUUAUCAGCAGAGAACGGUUAUUGACGGGGAAGCAGGACUGCUUGAUAUACUGGACACAGCUGGCCAGAUUGAAUUCACAGCAAUGCGUGAUCAAUACAUGAGGUGCGGCGAAGGCUUCGUCAUCUGCUAUGCCAUCACUGAUCGGAGGAGUUUUGAAAUGGCCGCAGAAUGCCGUAAACAAAUAGAAAGGGUGCGCUGCUCCGAAUCCGUACCCAUGGUGCUGGUCGGCAACAAGUGUGACCUUGAGAACUCACGAGAGGUGUCCACAGAGGAGGGUCAGGCCCUGGCCAGUCAGAUGAACUGUCCUUUUUACGAGACUUCAGCAGCGCUGCGCCACUUCGUGGAUGACGUCUUCCACACGCUCGUUCGGGAGAUCCGCCGCCGAGAAAAGGAGAGGCAGUUCCUCCUACGACGAGCCGCGGGGCACAAGUCCUCCGCGAUUGAGCGUUGGAGAGCACUGGUCGCUGCCUGCCGACGUUCACUAUGCUGCUUCCCAGGUGGAACAGCGUCGGCGAACACUUAGCAUGUCGUUGACGACUUGUUCUGGUUCUGUAACAGGCAGUCCCUUUUGUUUUAGCACUGUCAGCCUUAGCAGAGCUUCAGAUCUCUAGCUAUGCACUUUGAUCUUUCUCGAGUGUUGUGAAGUAUGUUCAUAACGAUGCAAGUCGGACCUGCGAUAAGGGCAACGGAACAUGAUUUGUUUCAUGUCUUUGUUCUUGGUGAAUGUGCCUCAAGAACCGCUAACGGUGUCACCCUCUACCCUUCUAAAGAUGGCAUAGUUGGGGAAGUGUUGUCCUCAAACUAGUAUCCAUACUAUCAUUGGAUUUAAGCCAAAAUUUAUUCAGAAGUAAGGUGAUGCUGAAUUAGGUUGGAAUGGGCAGCAGCAGAAACACUACUACAGGUUUUCCCGGCGAUUUUAAUCCAAGUGCCAGCUAAAUUAAUCCGUGCCCCAUAAAGUUUGCAUGGCACGUGGAUUAAUUUCGAUGGCGCUUGGAUUAAAAUCACCGGGAAAACCUGUAGUAGAAGGUUGCUACUUUCUUUUUAUUAAACACAGUUUUAGACCCAGAAUUUUAUUUUUCGAGUCGGCCAGAUGAAGGUUGCCAGCCUGUUUCCAAAUUCCACCUAGAUUUCUGCGAACCUCCUAGUCGAGCUCUCCGACCUCAGUGGCAGCCUCGAGUCUUGUAAUGGUAGUGUUACAUAUUUUGUGUAUAUGAAGUAUGUUUCCUGUAAAUAGUCAAAAGCUCACACGAUAGAACGAUAGAAUUUUGAGGUGCAAGCACAUAUUUUGCAUGUAUAUUCAAUGAGCAACAGCUAGCAAUCUGUAUUUAUCUACAGUAUUCACCCUAAUUCUUUUAUUUUGUGUGGUAUUUUACACAGAGUGUUUCGUAUAUAACAGAGAUACUAUUUUUAGUACAUAUUAUCCACUAUGUAGUAACUGGUAAUAUCUGCCAUUCUCACACGAUAUUAUUUAGGUAUCCCGUACUGCACUUCUAUUUAUUUUUACUGAUUUCAUACUACGCUAUCAGCCCUGUUAAGAAACUGACGCAACAUACUUUCGCUUUCAAGGCCACCGCAUAUUUUGCAUUUUAACUAUUUUGCGGGAACACUAUAUGUACUGCAAAGAUUGCACUUCUAAUUCACAUAGGGAAUCCAGAGUUGUUGCCGUUUAUUGCACAAUAUCCCGUAUAAAACAAUGACAAGGCAGACGACAGUGCUGUCGUCUGCUUCGGAGAUUUUCAAGCGAGCACACGAUUGGUUGGAUCCUUGUAUGAAGGCAGAAAACAUACUGCAAUUUCUGCAAUACUUUAUACUUAGCUUACCCUAGUAUUUUUGUACAAGCGGUGGAUGUCCCACGGGAGAUGCUUCUUUCUUUUAAAGUUGAUUAUCAUCAUCAUUCUGCGCGUUUUCAUGGGAGCUGUUGCUGUCGUCUGCUACGGUAGUCUUACGUCCGCUUCUGCGCGUUCAAAAUUCAAAUUUUCGUUGUCCAAUCACGAUGUCGGAUGUCGUGGGCCGAUGAGUAGCGGAUCGUUCGUCCAGGGCUCUGAAUAGGGGUUGCCGAAUAUGACAUGGUCAUUAUAAUGUAGUAGUCUGGACCAGUCGAAGUCAUACUAUACAGUUACUACUAUCUCUUUGCCAGUAGUAUUUAUGCCCGUGUCCACAGUAACAGUUAGUUCUAGGCUUGUCACCUAGCACUAACAAAAAAUCCUUAUUUACUACGCAAGACUAGUCUGAGAGUAUUAAUAUUUUUGUUAUAUUUCAAUGUUGCUGCUACAAGUAGUCUCCAUGUAGCAUCCAGUCAUCUUGUCAUGCCUGUAGAUUAUGUUUUGCUGGAACUCUCUUCGAAUGCUGUUGUGGUUUCACAUGUUCCGACAGCUGGAGUGCACAGAUCUUAGUAGUCAGUCAUCAUCACACACUCUAGUUAUAUAUUUAGUUACAUUUCAUAACAUCCUAUCCUGACUUUGGUAGCCAGCCAUAGGUAAUCCCUGUAGCACCCUCGUCAGACGGUCAUCAUUAAGGCCUUAAAGGAGGUGGACUUCAGAGAAGGCCGUAGCAGCAUGAAGGCAUUAAACGUGCUCUUCUGGCAGGAGUGUGGCGCAUAUUGAUCUUUUGGGGUUUCGACUUUUCUUCCAGAGUAUGAAAAGACACAUAUUUAUUAUGUACAGGCACAUCUGCUUGAUGCUGGGACAUACGAGGAUUUCAGUGCUGCUGUUCCCGCUGGUACACUGUAGAAACAACGUUGUGGAAGGUUGUAUGACGGGGACAUACCUUUCAGAUAGGCAUGUGUAGUAAUUUGUCUUCGUCAUCUAUGUGCUCAGUAAUAGGAGCAAAUGGAAUAGUAGAUAGUUUCGCAGUCAUUCUUACUGUUCUGUAGAAGUAGUUUCCUUUCAAUUACUGUCAUGCUCUAAGCAACAUGUGCUCUUUCUUUAGGUGAUUCUAACAUUUCCCCUCUAUGAGAGCACACCAGUAAUGUUCUUCAAGGUGGAGUCCUGCAUUCGUAAUGAAGCUAGAAUGAAUGAAAAAUGCUACUCAUGUGUUAAAUUACACCUUGGAGGCUGUAUACACCUUAAAGUAAUAUGAGAAUUGCCACUCUGUUCAGUUUUUGCCCUAUUAGUAAAUUGCAAACAUUAAAAAUCUGCUCACACUCUAAACAUUUUUCAGUGGGCUAUAACACCUGCCAAACGUUGUGUGUAUGCAGCUCUGUAUAUAGUUUUGCAGUGAAUCAGGCUUUGUUACAAUAUUUAUUUUGCUGCUUUGUUACGAUAUUGAAAAAUAAUGAGCACUUCCCUUGUUUUCGACUUCACUAGAUUAUGCCUUCUAGGGUUCAUUUCAAAGCAACAAUGAUUCUUUGACACCUUCAGAAGGUGGCGUAAUAAGUUGUCGACACUGAUUGAUUCAGGAGAGUUAGGCUUUCGAGCACUCGAUACAUGCUCUAUGAAAGUCUUGUCAUCUGCUAUACAUGUAGUUUUUUUUUUUUUUUAAGUGCAGUACUCUAUUACCCUGUACUUUAUUAUGGCCGAUACAGCUGUGUAAAAAUGCAAGAACAGCUAACUUUUGGGGAUUCGAACUGAAUUUUUGAAAUAUAGGGGUAUGCUAUUCUUGCUAAAUAGCAGAAUGCUUCUAACUUCCAGAAGAGAUUUACUGCCAUUUUUGUCGACUUCCAGACACACAAAGUCGUGACAGUGUCCUUGCCGUUCGGUGCCACAGUCUAACACUGUUAUCAAUGCAUGUCUUUGCCGUUUCUUUCAAUGUCAUUCAAUGUCACCUAAUGACCUUCCACUAUGCCAGCAUUUCUCCUGAGAUUGUGCUCGAACCCUACCAAACAUUGUAUCAAAGUUGAACAAAGUUGCACUGUAAUGAUAUGUUACAAAAUCUUGCAUGUUUGUCUCUAAGAAGCCCCAGCAGAUGGGUAAUCAAUGUAAAAGCGUGCGCUAUUACUGUUGUAAAUGUUUAGAUGUAUGAGUAACACUUUUGAGUUUUCAUACAUAUUUGUUGAAUGCCACUUUACAGUUCUCGGAAAUGUCUUUCGAAAAACCUUCCUUCUGUGACCAUGUCAUGUUGUAUAGUGGCACUCUUUGCACUGUGUGGUACAGUUUCACAUGUUUCAUGUGCCAGAAUACAUACUUCCAGCCUGCUAUUGCUCAAUAACUGUAAUUUUGAUCUUCCAGUGGCUUUCUAUCUCUAUCGUGUCACACACUUAUGCAUCUCUACCUUCACAGCAGCAAGUGUCGAAGGUACACUUUACAUAAGAUAUUACGAGGCAGCCCACAAACUUCGUUUUGCACAUUCAGAUUUAUUUUUAUUUUUUUUCUUGCCACUCUGUCAAUAUUCGUGGCCGCUAUUGUGUGUUAGUUCUCGUGAACCUGAACGCCAGUUUCGGGGUACUUGACGUAAGGAAGUAUGUAACAGUGACAGUGUGCAACAGUAGCAUCUGUUUAUGAAUUUAAAAUAAAAUAUGCAUUAGUCAAAUC